CCCCUUCCUCGGGUUCUCCAUCUCAACAGGCACAAUCAAAAACCACCUCAAUGCCCACUAACCCCAAGCCGGACUAUCCCACAGAAAGGAGUUUAGUCCCAAGCCCCGGAGGCCCGGCAGGCCGCCUCCAGAGGAGCCCCCGCAGACGCCAUACUAAAAGUCAAAAUGGCUGCCCCAAGGAAGCCCGCACCGCGCAGCUAAGAAGGGUUGGGGAACAAGCUUCUGCGGGAAAGGGGGAGGGGGGGCUCUCGGAAGAGCCGUCGCCAGAACCAUAGGCAGAAGUAUCGCCCCCCCCGAGCUGCACAGGAUGGAGACAUUCCAAAACAGCUAGAUAACUUUGAGGCCUGUGGGAAUCGAUAUGAUGUGAUUCUAGUUUCAGAUACCCCUUGACAUAACUUUUGAACUAUCCGGAAAAAUACUGGCCAGGAAAAAUGAUAAAAUUUUUCCUCAUGGUGAAUAAACAAGGGCAGACCCGACUUUCUAAAUACUAUGAACAUGUGGAGAUUAAUAAGCGUACACUUCUGGAAACGGAAGUCAUAAGGAGCUGUCUCUCCCGAUCCAAUGAGCAAUGCUCUUUCAUUGAAUUUAAGGAUUUUAAGCUGAUAUAUCGACAGUAUGCAGCUCUCUUCAUUGUGGUUGGAGUUAAUGACACUGAGAAUGAGAUGGCAAUUUAUGAAUUCAUCCAUAACUUUGUGGAAGUUUUAGAUGAAUACUUCAGCCGCGUGAGUGAAUUAGAUUGCCUGUCACCAUGCUAUCUUGGUGUUGUCAAAGUUUUUCCUGAUGUAGGAAAGAAGUUUUGGGGAAACCCUAGUUUUCGGUUGGAGGAGUCGGACAUGAUGAGGGUAUGUAAAUUGAAAGCAGGGCUGCAAGGGGUGAGAGCUGGCCCGUGGGCUCAGGGAGUAUGUCUUUGGGAAGGGGAGGCCCUGAGGGGCAAGGGAGCCAAAACCUUGUCAGCACGAGAGCUGCAGUCAGUGCUGUCAUGAGUGAAGAGUCUCAGAAUGAUGAACAGUCCCCAAGGGAGUCAGCCAUUUACUUGGGAAAGGGAUGUGAAGGUUCCAGAUUAAACAGGUCUGCCCUCCGGACUUCUCCGACUCUCACUAGCCUUCACCGUCUCCUUAUUUUCUCUAAGUGCGUUCUCUGCGUCUUUCGAUGCCGUAUCCAUCCGCCACUAUACCUGCCCAAGUCUGCCUGCCUACCUUCCGCCCACUCCUUUUGUUCCACGCUUCCGGCUUCCAGCUGUUUGACUCAGAAAUAGGGACAGCGGGUUAUGAGGGGCAACAGUGUUAGGGGAAAAAACAAGAGAAAUGGACAGGCUCAUUUGACCCAAUGCUGACUUUCAUAUUUGUGUGAUUUUACAUAAAUCUAUAUAAAUUAAAAAAAAACUACACCUGGAUGUCUUGUUGCUCUCAGAAUAUGAAUGGGUCUUUAAGGAAAAACCUAUUGAAAACAAACAAAACAAAAAAGAUAAAUUCCUUUUCAGUGGCCUAAUUCACAGGAGGCAAUACUAAGCCUAAAAGUGAGCAGCAGACUAUAUUACCAGUAGAGUAUAUCCCGGACUGUGCACUGUCGUGAGUCUUCUAUAGAAUAAUAUUUGAAUUUUUGUAGAAAAUGUGAACACAAGGCCCUUCACAGUUUACCUAAUUUCAUGGGAGACUGAAUUAAAAUAUAAACAGGAAAGCAAGUUUUUUCCCCACCCCACUUAGUUUUUCAACAACUUUGUUAGCUAGGAUCUUAAAAAGAAAGAAAGAAAGAGAAACCAAGGAAGACGACAAGGGAUCUAAGACCAAAAUCUAGAAUUAUACAUUUUAGUUUCUAGGCUGAGUUCUGCCUUAGAAUUGCUUUUCAAGUCCCAUUUGAAUGUAUGCUGCUCAGUUUUCUCUUAUUAAAGGAUAAAUAGACCACUACAGUGGUGUUAAAUUACCAUACUGAAAAAGUGAUUUAUGAUUCAGAGACCAAAAUUCCAAUGUGGGAACCAGAAACAUUUUAAUUAGAAAAUUGGUUUCAGGUGGCACUAAUAUUACUGGGGUCCUAAGAUGUUCCACUUCAAUCCACAUUACACAUAGAAAUUCAGCAAGGCUUUUGGGUCUCAGGAUUGGGAAAAAGUGGGGCUUUCUGAAUCUGCUCUUUAGGAGGCUGGCUGUAGUUCACAUCAGCUCCAACCACAGGGUGUCCACGAGGGGAAACCAAGUGCCUGAUGGAUCUUUAAGUCAGUCAAGUUCAGUGUAACCCGCAACUAGGACCCUCUUGAAAAAGUCCCUUCUCAGCUCACCACAGUAAUAGACCAACAGCCUGGGCCUUUGUCGCUUCAUCCUAUUUGAGAUGUCAGGAUUGAAGCAUGUUUGCCUAUGUUUAUUGCCACAGAGCUUUGCAUUAUAGGGCUUUUUUUUGGUCCCUGCUCACCUGACAUGUAGCUCAAAUGCCAUUAUUCUUGGCUUCACCAGUGUGUACAAGUUGCUUAUAAACCAAAUCAAGAUGUAAACAACAGCUGGAUUCUUAUUUUAAAGGAGUCACAUGAUUCCAGGUGGAAAUCUGCUUUCAGGGUUUUGCCUCACACUGGAUUUGGUCUGUGUUUUCCCUAUAUGGUGCCAGAAAGCUACAUGGUUAUUAAGGGUUUGAACCAGAUACUCAGACAGGCAGUCACAUGCCCACGGUACAGGGUGAUCUCACUGAACUCAUGUUUCUAGGAUGUUGGGAAAUUCAGACUUGUUGAAAGACUUUGUCUUUACAAUGUGAGGAUGUCAGUGGUUGAUAUGAUUCAGCAGCAAUUCUAAUCUGAAUUUCAAAACAAGUGGCUUCUUGCUCAAGGGGACAUCUGAAUUUUAGAUCAUCUACUUACCAAAGUCUUCAGCUUGAUCCCUAAACUAACUCAAAUAGACAGAUUAAAAUUAGAUCUCCUCUCUCCAAGAAAAUCAUCUUGGAUGAGUUCACAUUUUCAAUGCACCAAGGCUUUCAUUGCCCUUAAUGAAAACAAAAGGGGAUUCUGCAGGCCAUUUUUCAUGCAGCCCCCUGUGCUCCCCAACUCCACUUUGUACUGAGCUGACAUUCCCACUUUGGCUUCUAAGUUCUGGCUUCUGGGUCUGAUGGAUGAUGGAGUCAAGGGCCUAGUAUUCCAGUCCCAAUUUGGUCAUGGACAAAGCAAUCAUCAUCUAUAUAAUUGGAAGACAUUAUUAAUAGGUAUAUCAGAGUAAAGCUUUUUUUUUUUCUUUCUUUUUUUUUUUUCUUUUCUGGGUCAUUUAAGGACAGUUCCCAUGGGUUCCUGAAAAACAGUUUAUUCUGCUAGAGGACUAUUUGCAUAGAGCUUAAUGAGAUAUUAAUGCAGAGCUUAAUAGGAACUUAAAAGUCAUUCACAGGGUUGUAUCAUUUUCUGUAGAUGUACUUCACUAAACAAAUACAAUAUAGAUUUGAACAUGUGAAAUUAUUGAGAAAAAAACCAGGUGGUAACAAUUCACUUUACCAAGGUUCACUAUUUAAUUAUGAACUUCCCUAGUGCAUUUAAAUCACUCCUUUGUUGACUGAAGUUUGUCUAUCUGAAACAAUGUUUCCAUCAGCUGUUUUUUUUUUUUAAGAGACCAGGAUCAUGUUCUUUAAAGACAUGGAUUAAUAAGCUAUUAAAGUAUAAAAUUCAGAACCAUUCAACUAUUAUCAUCAUCUCAUUGUAGUUCCCAUUCUCCUUUCACAAAAGUUCUCUGAAGGGGCUACUGGGAGAAGAACUUGGCUCCUUCCAAUUAGCUAGACAUUGUAGUCUAACAUUUUCGUCUUCCCCCAUGUGCUAUACUGACUUUCCACUAAGAACAUCAGUGGAAGUGGCUCCGUAUUUCUCAAAUGAGUAUUUUUAGAACUGUUCAUUUAUGCAAGAUAGUCUCAUGAAUUUCAGAAUUUUUAUCUACUUGGGAAUUAAGUCAGCAUUGACUUGCUUCCUUCAUUCAUAUCUACUCUUGGUUAUUUUUUUCUUCAGUGCGACAGAAAAGAUAGCUUAAGACAUAAGGUUUUGUAAAAGCAUUUGGUUUUGGAUGAAGUAUUUAGGGCUGAGGGAGGGUAUAUACUCAGUAGCCUCAGGCCUCUCCUGAGAAGUGUAGAAGCAGAACCAUCAAGCCAAAGCUGUGGACGUAAAUUCCAGCUCCUGGAAAUUACCAGCCAUGUGACCUUGGACAAUGGCUCUGAGCCUAUUUGCUCCAUGCAAAAUGAGGAUAAUGUGUAACAUUUAUACCAUAGAGUUGUAGAGAAGACUGAAAAAAUUAUGUAAAACAACACAAUGCCUGGAACAUGAGUAUUCCAUAAAUCGUGGCUAUUACUGUUGAGGUUAUUAUUGUCUGGGAAGACAAUACUGUUCUUGUCGGGUCACCUUCUUGCCGAUGUCACUUACUUUAUUCUCUAGUUCAUAGUAGAUUCACUUUCCCUCUGGCUAAAAGGUAUAGCUAUUCCAUUUCUGUGCACAUAGGCCAAUUAGCUUAACCAGGAUGAAACUGGGUGUGCAUGUGUACAUUAAGGUAAUAAUUUCUAAAAUAGACACCAAUUUUAAAUCUAAUUUCAUAAAUUCUGUAAAAUAAACAAUACUUCAUGCUUAGACUAAUUUACAUGGGAAAAAUUAUAGGCUAAGUGGUUAUUUAGUGUUACAUGUUAAUGUUAAUAACAUUUUUGUAUCUCUAGAACUAAUUUCCUUAAUGUGA